AUGAAAGUAGUCUCCUUUGACAAACUCGUCUCCUGGGUCGGCCAGAGGGUCUCUGCCAAAGAGAUCUUCUCCCUCGAUCAUACAUGUAUGAAUGAGUAUGCUUUCCAGCAGAAAUUCGUCGAUUAUUUGUCCGCUUCUCGCAUCACCACCGUGAGCCCAUACUACGUACAGACGUUCUUACGUCGGUACAUUGAGCUGAUCGAGCGGUCAGGCGAAGAAAUGGCCGAAGAGUUGUACGAGAUCUACUGUGGCGAACUUUUGGGGGCCAAACAGUUGGAUGUAAGUGACAAGGAAGUGAUCACCUAUCACGUUGGAGGGUUUGGAUCUGGUGCAGGCACUAGCGACCACACAGUCAAGAUCUACGAAGCUCCACGGUUGAUCUCAGGAUCCAACACUACUGGUCUCCGCACCUGGGAAGCUGCCUUGUAUCUAUCUAACUACCUCAACACCCAUCCCUACGACUGGAGUGGUAAAACAGUGUUGGAGCUAGGAGGCGGAACUGGGCUCUUGAGUCUUGCCUUGACAAAGCAGCCAUUGAAAGAGAUCAUCAUCACCGACGGCUCGGCUGCUUUGAUCGACAAUCUCAGUGAAACCUUGCACAUGAAUGCCAUUGACAACGGACCUACCAUCAAGUGCCAUCAGUUAUUGUGGGGAACCACUAACCCCAACUCCCCUGACUUUGUUCAGGGUCCACCAGCUAACGUGGACGUGGUGGUAGCAGCCGACGUGACCUACGAUUCGUCCAUCCUAGACGUUUUGGCCACCACCAUCAGUGACUUCCUCCAAAGUGGCACCAAGAUGGCCCUAAUUGCAGCCACCGUGCGGAACGAACAGACCAUAGCCGACUGGAAUGCAAGUUUGGACAGGUGGUUUGACGGCCAGUGGUCGGUGGUGAACAGCUGUGCGGUCCCUGGUGACAUCGAUUCCUUGUGCUGGUUCCGAGAACGCACUCCUGAGAUCCGGGUGUACGAAAUCAGGGCGAAACUGGGUUAA